UGCGGUGGGCGCGACGAGAACAGGAUCCUCAAGUGCGUGGUGGUCGGGGACGGCGCGGUGGGGAAGACCUGCCUGCUGAUGAGCUAUGCCAACGACGCCUUCCCGGAGGAAUACGUGCCCACUGUGUUUGACCACUACGCAGUUACUGUGACAGUGGGAGGCAAGCAGCACUUGCUUGGACUGUACGACACCGCGGGACAGGAGGACUACAACCAGCUGCGACCACUCUCCUACCCCAACACCGAUGUGUUUCUCAUCUGCUUCUCUGUCGUAAACCCUGCCUCUUACCACAACGUCCAGGAGGAGUGGGUCCCGGAACUGAAAGACUGCAUGCCGCAUGUGCCUUACGUCCUCAUCGGGACCCAGAUUGAUCUCCGGGAUGACCCCAAAACUUUGGCACGGCUCCUAUACAUGAAGGAGAAGCCCCUUACCUACGAGCAUGGCGUGAAGCUGGCAAAAGCGAUCGGUGCACAGUGCUACUUGGAAUGUUCUGCCCUGACUCAGAAAGGUCUCAAAGCAGUUUUUGAUGAAGCUAUCCUCACAAUUUUCCAUCCCAAGAAAAAAAAGAAAGGCUGCUCAGAGUGCCACGGCUGCUGUGCAAUCAUCUGAAGGCGCCUGAGACCCAUUUCCCUGCCAUCCAAGGAUGUGAAAAGCAGCCAGUCUCUGUGACCCUACUCCAAACGGGAGGCUGUGACUGGAAAGGAACUCCUGCAUCCCGAGGCCUGUCCCUGUGCCCCACCAGCUUUCCAGCUCAGCAUCCUGCCAGCCACUGCCACGGCCCCAGGCCAGAGCAUCCACACCGUGCAUGGAGGAUGCUGAAUCACAUUAAGACAGUGCGCUGGGGAGGUGUCAGAAGCAAGUCAUGACUGUCCUGUAUUUACAUCCCCUUCCAUGGAUGUGAAUGGACAGGAAGUCAUGGUGGGAAAACCAAGCACUCUGUCCUGCCCUGGUGGCCUUACUUCUUUGCCAAACUCGGGAAUACAACAUCAACGUUUUUCCAAAGACUGUUGUUUCAGCCAAGUGUCUUAAUGCUCGUUUCUAUUGCAGUUUCCUGAUGUCCAAUCACUUGAGCCUUGCAAAUCCAUAUCAAAAUAGUUAAAAGACAAGCUGGAUUAUGCUCACUCCUGUUGACGGUGGCUCUCUGCCAAUAUUCUUAGAGCCAACAUGUACCUCUGAAUACCUGAUUACAAAUAAAUAACACUUUACUGCUUUCAUAAACUUACAGACCUGUAUUUUUUAGCCUUUGUGAAAGAAAACAUCCUGUGAAUUAUUACAGCGUCCCCAGUUUUGCCAAAGAUUCCUCCUACAAAUGCUUCAGGUACUAGGGGGCCUGCUCUUGCAAACUGCUACUGUCAUUCAAAUUGAAAAUGGACUGUCUUUGAAGAAAGAAAUAGAUUUUUGCUUUUCAUCUACACUGGUCAGGACAAGAAUAUGGCAAAAACCGUCUUCCUGAUCCAGCAGAGUGGGCUUCACAGAAGGCCAGUGACUUCCCUCCAGUCCUCCAGUCACACUUUCUCCGGUGCCCAGAUCCCUGUGUUCCCCCAGUCAUAGCCUGACCUUAAAAGAAAGGGGAGGAGCCAUCUGGUCAUGAAAAAUGGGGGUUCCCAGAAUCCUUCAGGGUCAACAUGCCUUAACUUUUCUACUUAUUUCAGCUAAAAGUGCUUGCUCCAAAUUAAGCUUCAGUUCAGGAUGGUUUCCAGUUGCAGCCAGUAUGAAAAUCAUCCCCUCCCUCCAUCUUUCCUUGACUCCUUCUCCCAAAUGUCCUUGGAGGAUGGGCUUAAGUGGAUCCUAUUCCAGGCUGAGACACUACACCUAAUGGGGAGUUUGGCCCUGAGCAGGAAGAGCUCCCAGUGAGAAAUCCUACACCUUUCAACCAGCCAGGGACUCUGUGUUUUAAUUAGAGGCUGUGAUUGGUACCGAAUAGGCUUAUUUGCUUACUCAUGUCCUGGAAUUACCCAGGGAAGCUGAUUUAUCCUUUUUUUUUUUUCUUUAUUGCAUCAGCAAAUCAUAUCUUAGCAAUAAAAACAAUUAAUUCACUUUUCUA